AUGCAGGUGCAUGCUUCUGCUCCCUCAUAUGCACCUGUUGGUCAAAAGCGCGUCGCAGAAGACCUUGAAGACCAUGAGACCAAGCAAAUCAAAAUGGGCUCUGGCAAGAUCAAUAACGACCUGUAUUUUAAACCUGUGUUAGAUCAAUAUGGUCAACACGAUGGGACAUACACAUGCUCUAAGGAUGGUAUGGUAAUCCAUCCUGGGAGUCACAUAUACGAUGUCAAGACAGCAAAACAUCUUGGUUGUGGACUCAUGUUAUUCAAAUGGCCUCUUUCUCCAGAAAUUUGUACACAACAUGGUGCCUGCAAGAGGCAUUGGGACGACAGCUGUGGAAAGCUAGCAGCUGAGGGUGCCCCCCCAUACUCAGCCACUUACCAAGGUUCCAUGAGUUCUGCUUCUGCUUCGCCUGCAGGAGUACCCAGUGUGGCAUUCACAUUCAGUUUACCCACAACCACCAUGAUGACGCCCUAUAACUCACCACCAGAGACUAUGCCAACAGAGGCCACUGAACACACCCCCAACCCUGAGUCUUGGGCAGCUAAUGAGGUACAGGAUCCUGCUCUAGUGGCACCCAUGCUUCCCCCAUCUCGAGUUCUAGAGAUUACAUUUGUAGGGCAUCAGCAAAUCACUUUGCUUCUGUGGGCUCUGUACAGCUCUGUACAGAAGGGACCAAGCUGUGGCCAGCCAUUUUUUGGUGGUGGGAAAAAAGUGUUUUACUGAUGGGGUCCAUGGAGACCUUGACUUUUGAGGGGGAUUAAUGAUUUAGAAGACUUUGUGGAUCCUGUCCUUCCCAUCUCUGAGCCUCUGUCCUUUAUGUUGCCAGAGACGAUGCU